AUGUAUUUAACUGUGUUAGAAGAGUUCAUGGGUUGUAUUCUUGGACAACAAGAUGAAACGGGUAGAAAGGAGCAUUCCAUCUACUAUAUGAGUAAGAAGUUUAUAGAUUAUGAGUCUCAGUAUUCCAUGCUUGAGAAGACUUGUUGUGCUUUAGCUUGGGUUGCCAAACGUUUAUGCCAGAAUAUGAUUAAUCAUACCACUUGGUUGAUAUCCAAAAUGGAUCGAAUUAAGUAUAAUUUUGAAAAGCCUGCUUUGAAUGGAAGGAUAGCUCAUUGGCAAAUGCUAUUGUCUGAAUAUGAUAUUGAAUACCAUACUCGGAAGGCGGUUAAAGGAAGUGUCCUCGUAGAUCAUUUGGCUCACCAGCCGAUCAAUGAUUAUCAAUCCACCAGAAAUGGAAUUGGGGAAAUCAUUAUUAAUCCUAAGGGUUCUCAUAUCCCUUCCACUACAAUAUUGAUAUUUGAUUGUACGAACAAUAUGGCAGAAUAUGAAGCUUGUAUCAUGGGUCUUGAAGCGACCAUCGAUUUGAGAAUUAAAAUCCUUGAUGUGUAUGGAGAUUCGGCCCUAGUGGUUAAUCAUAUUAAAGGAGAAUGGGAGACUCGUCGUCUUAACUUAAUUCCUUACAAAGAUUAUGCAAGGAGGGUGUUCACUUUCUUCAAUAAAAUAGAGUUUCAUCAUAUACCUCGUGAAGGGAAUCAUAUGGAAAAUGCUUUGGCUACCUUGUCUUCUAUGUAUAAAGUAAAUUUUUGGAAUGACGCACUAAAUAUCACGAUUAUACGCCUUGAUAGACCUACUCAUGUGUUUGUAGUAGAAGAAGUUACCGAUGAUAAACCUUAG